CACAGGAAUUGAAAUCAAAAUGAUAUAUUUGAAGGCAGCCAUUUUGAUUGAAAUCGCCGUGUGUUGCUAUGGUUUUUUACUUAGCAGUGUCUUACAUAAAAGACAGGUCUGCAGUUAUGCUGAAAUAUCAGCUGAUCAUACAAUGUGUAUUUCUUCGGAUGUUGGUAAAGCUGUAGCAGUUGAUGCCAGUGCUAAGAAAGAAAUAGUUGACCGUCAUAAUAAACUUCGUUCUGAAGUCACACCAGCUGCUAGUGGUAUGGUCAAGAUGGUUUGGGAUGAUGAAUUAGCUAAAAUUGCAGAAAAGUGGGCAAAACAGUGUAAAUUUGGACAUGAUAAUUAUAAGAAAAGAGCCACCAAAGCCUACCCUAGUGUAUUUAUUGGUCAAAAUGGUGCAUUUGACACUGUUACAUGGACCGAGGCAAUAGAUGAGUGGUAUAGCGAAAAGAAAAGUUUUGUUCAUGGUAAAGGUUCAAAAGAUGGCGGAGUAAUUGGUCAUUAUACUCAGGUAGUAAACGAUAAUGCUGUUAGAGUUGGGUGUGGACGAGCCGAUUGCCCACCUGGAAGUGACGAAAAUUUCCAAAAAACUACAUGGUUCUGUAACUAUGCCAGAGGGCAACUCACCAGCGAAUUUCCCAAUCCGUAUUCACUGGGCACACCAUGUUCUAGUUGUUCCGGGAACUGUGACCAGAGUCUCAAACUUUGUGAUUGUGGUGGUAAGAUAUGCCAGAAUGAUGGUACUAUGCAGUACGAUACUUGUACUUGUAAAUGUUCUGCACUCUACACUGGUGCUGAUUGUACUCAAGUGAACUGUAAAGCUGAUGAAGCGAGCUGUCCUUUGUACCAAACAGACUGGUGUACUGUAUAUGCUAAUAUACCUGAAGAAUGUCCACACAAGUGUGGCUUGUGCUAAAAAUGGAAUGGCACCGAAGCGUUUUGAGUAAUUAAUUAUUAAUCAUAUUAUUAAAAUUAUAAUCAUGCAUAUAAA